CUUCAAACCAGCUGGGUAGCUAGCUAGCAACAUCUAUCUUGAAUUGCAAACCACAAACAUACUCAACAGAUACUCAGCACCUACCCACCACAUAAUAAUACUAUCUCAAUUAGAGAAAUCAAUAAAGAAAGGAGGUUGAAAUAAAAAGAAAAAGGAAACAAAGAUGACAACAGAAAUCAAAGAACUCUCCCUCCCCCUCCCUUACACCCCCCACACGACCGCCCACAUCCACCUCACACGACACCAAACCUGCAGCACGGUAUUCCUGACCUCGUCGACGCCGGGCGAUGCAGCAGGGAGUAUCAAGCCCAUGGGGAGUUUUGUGUAUGCGAUGCCGGAUAGAAUGAAUCCCAAAAACGUGCUAUCAACAACCAUCUACUCCUCCCCGGGAAGUGUAGAAUACACAGCCCGAAUUGCAAAGAUUCUCGCAAGGAGAAUGAAAACGCCUGUUUAUGUGGGCGGGAGUAUUGAGCCUGCGACGAUGGGGGUGAUGGCUGAGGAGGAGAUUGAGGGGGUGAAGAGGAUUGUGGAGGUUGUUGUUCGGGGGUGGGAGGGGAUGAAGAUAUGAUUUUAUCAUGUUUUUAAGUUGUCUUGUUAGGUUGGAGUGUUCUUAUGGUGGUGGUGGUAAGUAGGUAGUAGUAUUGGAAGAGAAGGGGUGGAUGAUGGAUGGCAUUGGGGGAGUUGGGUGUUUCUCUGUUUCUUCUGUCUGUCUGUCUAUUAGUUUCUUGUUCUAGUUGUGAGUGUUCAUUGAUUAUCAAUCAAUAUAUCCAUAAUAUGAUACUCACUUAAUACU